ACUUUUAUUACCACAGUAUACACUACACAUACAAUUUCUUAUCCAUCAUCCACAGGACACGGACCACAGUCCACACUCCACAAUCCAAUAGUCAUAACAUUCAAGUAAUACUUAUUAAUUCUUGAAUUAAGAAAAAGAGUGUUAAGUUUUUUUUCGUUAUUACUGAUCAUCGAAAUUAAUUUCAUCAUUAAAGCGUGGCUAGCCCAAGUAAAAGAAGGAGGAUGAGCAGUUCAGAAGAGGUAUCAUGGAUCUCGUGGUUCUGCGGGUUACGUGGAAAUGAAUUUUUCUGUGAAGUCGACGAAGAUUACAUUCAGGAUAAAUUUAAUUUGACAGGCCUCAAUGAACAAGUACCUCAUUACAGACAAGCUUUAGAUAUGAUUUUGGAUCUUGAACCAGAUGAUGACUUGGACGAUAACCCGAAUCAUUCAGAUUUAAUUGAACAAGCUGCAGAAAUGUUAUACGGUUUAAUACACGCUCGCUAUAUUUUGACCAAUCGUGGAAUCGCGCAAAUGAUUGAAAAAUAUCAAACGGGUGAUUUUGGACACUGUCCACGAGUAUAUUGUGAAAACUCUCCUAUGCUUCCAAUAGGUUUAUCAGAUGUUCCUGGCGAAGCAAUGGUAAAGUUAUACUGUCCUAAGUGUAUGGAUGUUUAUACGCCAAAGUCAUCUCGUCAUCACCAUACAGACGGUGCUUAUUUUGGAACGGGAUUUCCGCACAUGUUGUUCAUGGUUCAUCCUGAAUACAGACCACCGAGACCUGGUAAUCAAUUUGUACCCAGAUUGUAUGGCUUCAAGAUUCAUGGUUUGGCUUAUCAAAUACAACAACAAGCAGCAGCUAAUGUUAAAACACCACUUAGACUGACCAGCUUCAAUGGGAAACGUUGAUAAAACUUAUUGAAAAUUUAAUCUACAUUUUAUUACUAUUUAUCAAUAGAUUAACUAAAAAAAAAUCGAUAAUUUCAGUUAAAAUUUUCUCAGCUAUCUGCUGUUUAUUAUUAUAUCAAUAAAUUAUAUUUAUAACUUUA